ACUGGUCUGCAGACAUUUCCUUCUUCUUCUUCUUCUUCUAACUUCCUCUCCUGUGACAAAAGAGAUAAUUAUUAGAGAAACAAAAGUCCAGGAUGCUAAGGUCGACACUCUCACUUCCUCUCACUCUUUAGCCCAGAGCUGUUUUGAAUACACCAAUUGCUGUGGGGCACUGGCUCCAGGAAGAGAAGACAUCAGUGCCUCAGAAUCUCUGCCCUUUCAGAAGGUGAUAGCCAGCCACUUGUUCACAGGGCCACUGCUGCUCACAGAAGCAGUGAGGAUGAUGCCAGGAUGAUGCCUGCUUCAUGCCUGGCUGGGAUUCUGAUCCCAGCCAUGGCAUUCCUCUCCUGCGUGAGACCAGAAAGCUGGGAGCCCUGCGUGGAGGAAGAAGAUGGCUUGUUUGUGACUGAAGAGAAAGAACUUUCUAGGUGGUUCCAAACAUUACUUAUCAAUGCAUGGAACUGAAUUUCUACAAAAUCCCUGACAACAUCCCCUUCUCAACCAAGAACCUGGACCUGAGCUUUAACCCCCUGAGGCAUUUAGGCAGCCAUAGCUUCUUCAAUUUCCCAGAACUGCAGGUGCUGGAUUUAUCCAGGUGCGAAAUCCAGACAAUCGAAGAUGGGGCAUAUCAGAACCUAAGCCAUCUCUCCACCUUAAUAUUGACAGGAAAUCCUAUCCAGAAUUUAGCCCUGGGAGCCUUUUAUGGACUAUCAAGUUUACAGAAGCUGGUGGCUGUGGAGACACAUCUGUUAUCGCUAGAGAACUUCCCCAUUGGACAUCUCAAAACUUUGAAGGACCUUAAUGUAGCUCACAAUCUAAUCCAAUCUUUCAAAUUACCUGAGUAUUUUUCUAAUUUGACCAAUCUAGAGCACUUAGACCUUUCUAGUAACAAUAUUCAAAAUAUUUAUUGCCAAGACUUGCAGGUUCUACAUCAAAUGCCCCUACUCAAUCUCUCUUUAGACCUGUCCCUGAACCCUAUAAACUUUAUUCAACCAGGUGCAUUUAAAGAAAUUAGGCUCCGUAAGCUGACUUUGAGAAAUAAUUUUGAUAGUUUAAAUGUAAUGAAAACUUGCAUUCGAGGUCUGGCUGGGUUAGAAGUCCAUCGUCUGGUUCUGGGAGAAUUUAGAAAUGAAAGAAAUAUUGAAGACUUUGACAAAUCUGCUCUGGAGGGCCUGUGCAAUUUGAGCAUCAAAGAAUUCCGAUUAGCACACUUAGAUGACUUUCCGGAUGAUAUUAUUGACUUAUUUAAUUGUUUGGCAAAUGUUUCUUCAUUUUCCCUGGUGAGUGUGUAUAUUAAAAGAAUAGAAGACUUUUCUUAUAAUUUCAGAUGGCAACAUUUAGAGUUAGUCAAUUGUAAAUUUGAACAGUUUCCUCCACUGGAACUCAAAUCUCUCAAAAGGCUUACUUUCACUGCCAACAAAGGUGGGAAUCCUUUUUCAGAAGUUGAUCUGCCAAGCCUUGAGUUUCUAGAUCUCAGUAGAAAUGGCUUGAGUUUCAAAGGUUGCUGUUCUCAAUCUGAUUUUGGGACAACCAGCCUAAAGUAUUUAGAUCUGAGCUUCAAUGAUGUUAUUACCAUGGGGUCAAACUUCUUGGGCUUAGAACAACUAGAACACCUGGAUUUCCAGCAUUCCAAUUUGAAACAAAUGAGCGAGUUUUCAGUAUUCCUAUCACUCAGAAACCUCAUUUACCUUGACAUUUCUCAUACUCACACCAGAGUUGCUUUCAAUGGCAUCUUUAAUGGCUUGUUCAGUCUCAAAGUCUUGAAAAUGGCUGGAAAUUCUUUCCAGAAAAACUUCCUUCCAGAUAUCUUCACAGAUCUGAAUAACUUGAUAUUCCUGGACCUCUCUGAGUGUCAACUGGAGCAGGUGUCUCCAACAGCAUUUGACUCACUUCCCAGACUUCAGGUACUAAAUAUGAGCCACAACAACUUCUUUGCAUUGGAUACAUUUCCUUAUAAGCAUCUCUACUCCCUCCAGGUUCUGGAUUACAGUCUCAAUCACAUAGGGACUUCCAAAAAUCAGGAACUACAGCGUUUUCCAAGUAGUCUAGCUUUCCUAAAUCUUACUCAAAAUGACUUUGCUUGUACUUGUGAACACCAGAGUUUCCUGCAGUGGAUCAAGGACCAGAGGCGGCUCUUGGUGAAAGUUGAACAAAUGGAAUGUGCAUCUCCUUUAAAUAGGAAGGGCAUACCUGUGCUGAGUUUGAAUAUCACCUGUCAGAUGAGUAAGACCAUCAUUGGUGUGUCAGUGCUCAGUGUGUUUGUGGUAUCUGUUGUAGCACUUUUGGUCUAUAAGUUCUAUUUUCACCUGAUGCUUCUUGCUGGCUGCAUAAAGUAUGGUAGAGGUGAAAACACCUAUGAUGCCUUUGUUAUCUACUCAAGCCAGGAUGAGGACUGGGUAAGGAAUGAACUAGUAAAGAAUUUAGAAGAAGGGGUGCCUCCCUUUCAUCUCUGCCUUCACUACAGAGACUUUAUUCCUGGUGUGGCCAUUGCUGCCAACAUCAUCCAUGAAGGUUUCCAUAAAAGCCGAAAGGUGAUUGUUGUGGUAUCCCAGCACUUCAUCCAGAGCCGCUGGUGUAUCUUUGAAUAUGAGAUUGCUCAGACCUGGCAGUUUCUGAGCAGUCGUGCUGGUAUCAUCUUCAUUGUCCUGCAGAAGGUGGAGAAGUCCCUGCUCAGGCAGCAGGUGGAGCUGUACCGCCUUCUCAGCAGGAACACUUACCUGGAAUGGGAGGACAGUGUCCUGGGGAGGCACAUCUUCUGGAGACGACUCAGAAAAGCCCUGCUAAAUGGUAGACCGUGGAGUCCAGAAGGAGCAGUGGGUGCAGGAUGCAAUUAGCAAGAAGCAAUAACUAUCUGAAGAGGGAAAAAACAAAAACCAACUUCUGAGGCAUUUCUUGCCCAGCUGGGCCCAACACUUGUUAAGUUAACAAGUAUUAAAUGCUGUCUCAUGCCAGGCAUUAUGCUAAGGCCAAGUAAUUCCAUGGUUCACAAGAUACAUGGGGAUGCUAAUCUCAUGGUGCCUCCAGUGCAGAGGGAAUAAAUGCUACACUAAAAUACAGAGCGUUCCAGGUGGGCAUUUCAACCAAGUCAGCCAAGGAACCCAUGACAGAGAAAGUCAUUUCAACUCUUACCUCAUCAAGUUGAAUAAGGACAGAGAAAGCAGAAAGAGGCAUUGUUCUUCUCCUGAGUCUUUUGAAUGGAAAUUACAUUAUAUAUUAUGUCAUAGCCGUCAUAAAACCAUUUUGGUAGUUUUGACUGAACUGGGUGUUCACUUUUUCCUUUUCCAUUGAAUUUAAACUCUACUUGAUGACUCAUUGGGCUGGUGAUGCAAGAUGCACCUUCCAUUUUAAAUCAGUUUCCUUACAGAGGUUAAAGCUUAGUGGCUAAUUCCUAAGGAGACCUGAUUAACACAUGCUCACAAUCAUCCUCAUCAUUCUUGAGACUGCUCUGUUUUUCAACUAAUAACCCCUAAUAUAUUUUUAUUUUUAUAUGUCCAGUUCUUAUUUUUUUUAAGGUAACUUCAUAUUUUUAUUUGUCUCUAAGAGCAUGAUUUCCAGCCACAGUUUAUUAUUACAAGUCAAAAUCUGAAGAUUAUUAAUAGCAUAACUUCCAAAUACAAUUUUAAUUUAAAGGAACAUUGUAUGUUCUGCAUAUGUACACCAAAACCUAAAAUGCAAUAAAAAUAAAUAAAUAAAUUAAUUAAUUUUAAAAACUACACUUAAUAUACCCCACUUAAACACACAAUAUAUUCCAGUUCUUAUUUUUUAAUGUCUUUAAGCCAAUAUCAUAAAUAAGGUUGUUCAGGAUGUGCUUUAAAUAUCCAUAUUUAUUUAACCACCAUUUUUUAAGGAAGUAUAUAAAGUACACUCUGUCACUUUGUCACUCAAUAUCAUUUCAAAGUUAUUGUCUCCUAAGUUAUGACUGUCAUGAAAGCAGUGUUGAAAUAAUUUCUAUAAGGGGGUACUUUUUUUAAACAGGGAAAGAAAAUGUCCACUUUCUGGUCAUAUCAUGGACAAUUUGGGCAAGAAAGGAAGUGGGGUGACCUCAGGAGGUCACCUGUUCUUGAUUCCAGAAACGUAUGGGCUUAUACACUUGGGGUGACCCCAUAAAAUGAGUUGCAGCAGAAAUUUUUUUUUUCAGAAAAAUUGAUGUUUAAUGGACCUCUGAAUCUCUUCAGGGAGAUAUGGAGGGCUGGGAUCCCUCCCCUGCACCCUCCCCACUGCCAGGGGAACUACUUGAGAAGGGAUUCAAUGCAGGUAGUACAUACAUUUCUGCUUCCUGUUGGGCACUGCUCCCUGACCACAUUUUGGGAAGAGUGGAUGCUAUCAUUGAGAAAACAAUGUGUCUGAGAUUAAUGGGGUUCAUUCAUAUAAAGGGAGUUCCCAGAAAAAAAUGUUCAUCCAGCCUCCCCAGAAACAGAAUAUUCAAGAAAAGGACAAUGAGGACAUCAUCAGGAAAAUGAAAAUAAAAACCGCAAUGAGAUAUCACCUUAUACCAGGUAGAAUGGCUGCUAUAAAAAUAAAGGGUCAUCAAGGAUAUAGAGAAAUUGGAACCCUUCUACAUUGUUGGAGGGAAUGUAAAAUGGUGUACCCAUUAUGAAAAACACUAUGGAGGUUUCUAAAAAAUUAAAAAUAAAACUACUCUGUGAUCCAGCAACCUCACUUCUGUGUAUAUACCCAAAAUAAUUGAAAUCAAAAUUUCAAGGAAAUAUUUACCUUCCCAUGUUCAUUGCAGCACUUUUCACAAUCACUGUUUCCAAAGUUAUGGAAACAACCCAAAUAUCCAUUGAAAAAUAAAUGGACAAAGAAAAUGUGCACAUACAUAUAAUGGGAUCUUAUUCAGCCUACAAAAAAGAGGGAAUCCUGCCAUUUAUGACAUCAUGGAUAAACCUGGAGGUCAUUAUGCUAUGUAAAGUAAGCAAGUAACAGAAAGACAAAUACUGCCUGAUUUCACUUGUAUGAGAUACUAAAAUAGUCAAACCCAAAGAAGCAGUGAAUAGAACAGUGGUUCCUGGGGAAAAGGAGCAAGGGAGAAAUGAAGAAAUAGGGAGUUGUCUAAUUGGUAUAAAAUUACAGUAUGCAAGAUGAAUUAGCCCUGAAGAUCAGCUGUAUAGCAGAGUUCCUAUAAUGCAUAAUACUGUAUUAUGCACUUAAAAUUUUUCUAAGAGGAUAGAUCGCAUGAAGUAUAUUUACCAUAUGUACUUUUGGUAAUAUAUGGUAUAUAUUACCAUAUAUUUGGUAUAUAUUUCCAUUACACAAGGAAACUUUUGGAGGUGAUGGAUAUAUUUAUCACCUUGAUUAUGGUGAUGGUUUCACAGGUAUAUGACUAUGUCUAAACUCAUCAAAUUGAAUAUAUUAAAUAUAUGAAGUUUUGUAAUAUCAACUAUAUCUGAAUGAAACUAUAAAAAAGGAAAGACAACAAAACUCAGUUGUCAAAACUGCAACUAUGAGAACACUCAGAAGUGUGAUUUUUUACUGAGUGUGUCAGACUGUGUUUUGUUUGAGCAUGUCUAGGGUGGUUGAACAUCCCUGGAUGUGUUUCUAUGUCUCAUGUACUAGUGAAAGAGAAUGUAUGCAUUUGAACAACAUAUACCUUUGAACAACAUAUACCAGUGUGUCCCUAUCAGGGUUGUGUGUAUUUGAAAGUAUGUGUGUCUGUAUGAUCAUAUCUGUAUAGAGGAGAGUGUGAUUAUACCUUUUGAAGAAUAGAUGCAUUUCAAGUAGAUGUCUAAGGCUGUUUAAGAUGGGUUCCCUACUCUUGUGGUGCUUGUACAGUAGUCUCACCUUAUUCCUUAUCCUUGGUGGAUAUGUUCUUAGACUUCAAGUGGAUCUUUGAGAUCCCAGAUGGUACCAAACCCCAUAUAUGCAGUAGUUUUUCCUAUACACAAAUACCUAAGGUAAAGUUCAUUUUAUGAAUUAGGCACAGUAAGAGAUUAACAACAACUAAUGAUAAAUUGAAUAAUUGUAAUAACGUUUUAUAAUAAAUGUUACACGAAUGUGA